AUGUGUGGCAGGCUGGCCUUCAUCUCCUUAAUAAUAACAAUGUGCAUGAUAUCAUGCUCCUGUGGCAGAGUUGCCUGGACGAAAACGGGUGAAAAUCUGGGGCUGACGAGGGUGGAACUGAGUCGCAGAGAACCAGAUUUGAGCUUCAGUGAGCGAUUGAAGGGCGCAGUAGCCCGAAGCAAGAGCCGAUCACAGAAAAUAGACGCAAUUGUGAAGAAAGCAAUAACCAAGCAGCUAGAUGCUGAAUCCCCCGUACACGUGGGAAAUGGCGAAUUUCUGAUGAAAGUGGGAGUGGGAAGCCCUUCAGUCAGCUUCGACGCAAUCGUGGACACUGGGAGUGAUCUGAUAUGGACUCAGUGCAUGCCUUGCAUUCAGUGCUACAAACAGCCCUCGCCCAUCUUCGAUCCAUCCAAAUCCUCCACAUACUCUAAAGUUCCCUGCCACAGCGAUCUCUGCAAUGCAUUGCAGCUCAAGUACUGCUCUCCCGAUUGCACCUACCUUUAUCUCUAUGGCGAUUUUUCCUCCACCAGCGGUGUGCUGUCCUACGAAACAUUCACCAUCGGUAAUGCCACCCGCGUUCCUGAAAUCGCCUUCGGAUGCGGAAACAACAAUCAAGGCGAAGGCUUCCAGCAGGGCGGGGGCCUCGUGGGGUUGGGACGUGGUCCUCUCUCCCUCACCUCUCAGCUCGCCUCCAAGUCCAUGGUCGAUAGCAAAUUCUCGUACUGUCUCCUCCCCAUCACAGACUCCACCUCCAAAACAAGCCCUCUCUUCUUCGGCAACGACGCUGCCCUGAGCGGCGCAAAGACACUGCAACUGAUCAGCAGCACCACCAUUCCGACGUUCUGGUACAUCCCCAUCACCGGAAUCACCGUUGACGGGUCCGCCCUGGACAUUCCUCCGGGCACUUUCGAUCUGAAGGCUGACGGCAGCGGAGGGAUGAUCAUCGACUCUGGUACCACCGUCACCAUUCUCGAUGAGGCCGCAUACUCUCCUCUCAAGGCAGCCAUCCAGUCCGCCGUUCAUCUCACUCCCGCAAACGGCUCUUCCACAGGGCUUGAUCUCUGCUACAAAAUGUCUUCUGCAGGCUCAGUUAAGCCCACCUUUCCUUCCCUUACCUUCAACUUCAAAGGCGGGAUCGAUUACGAGAUUCCCACAGAAAACUACUUUAUUGAGAUAGACGACGGGAAGGAGCAGCUGUUGUGCUUGGCCGUGCUGGGGUCGUCUGGGCUGCUUGCAUCGGGGCCUUCCAUCUUCGGUAACGUGCAGCAGCAGAACUAUCACAUCCUUUACAACGACGCCGACAACACUCUUUCUUUCAAGCCCACAACCUGCGAUUCUCUCUAG